GUGUUGGAAUCAAGACCAGACCAGCUCCAGAUUGAAGAGGAAUCCACAAACUCUGACACGGAGGAUAAGCGCAUUCGCAUACAGUUUUCAUCUAAACACCUCGUUUUAGCAUCGUCGCAUUUCCAAGGUAGCCUUGGAGGCGAAUUAACGGAAGGCCAUACCCUCCGGUCCGAAGGUCACUUCAAAAUCGAGAUGAAUGGACACGGCCUGGAUGCAAUGCUGCUGGUGAUGAACAUGAUCCAUGGUAGAUUUCGGCAGCUGCCUUCAUCUGUUGACCUCUGUACAUUGACGAGAAUCGCCGUGUUGACAGAUUACCUUCAAUGCCAUGAAGUUGUAGAGCCAUUCGUCGACCAGUGGAUUGAGAGACUAGAAGGAAAAAUCGUGCACGUCUACUCGAAGGAACUGAUUCAAUGGCUCUGCAUCUUCCAAAUCUUCAGA